AUUGGGAAUACUACAACCAUGGGCUUCCCUCUAUGCCUAUGUCUUCUCUCUUUGAUUUUCACAACUGCUUGUGGUUCAGGUUUUAGUGACGACACAGCGCUUCAUGAAAACUCUUAUGAGGAAAAGUGGAUGGCAUCUAUACCUGAUGACCAACUCCUUUCAGCUGUUACUAUUCCCGGAACUCAUGAGAGCCUAACUCUGUAUGGUGGACCUCUUAUACAGUGUCAGGCUUGGACCUUGGAGAACCAGCUGAAAGCAGGAUUGCGGUACUUUGAUUUACGUAUAGAGGCCAGUAUUUUCCACAACACCCUUGAUGUCAUGGAUGGGCAUAUAAAACAUACCAAGUUCCAUGACGUGCUAAACAUUCUAUGGGAGUUCUUGGGCAAACAUGACAGUGAGACUGUACUUUUGAGAGUGACACUGCAAGGGAUGAGUAUCUGGAAUGCUAGAGAAUCUAUCAAGGAUUUGAUUAAGAAAUCCAAAGAUAAUGUAUGGACAAAGACGUUGGUCCCCCACAUGCGAGACGCGAGAAGGAAGAUCGUCUUUGUGCAGAGUACCAAUUUCAAUGUCGGAACCCUUAACCAUAACACUUUCGUCACUUACGAUGGAUGGUUCAAAAACAUUGAAAACAAGAUGAAAACGAUCACAAAACAUCUGAAAGAAGCUCAAAAGAAUUGUGCUCAUACAAUUUCCUUGACUGACACAUCCGCCACCGGCUUUUUCAUAGGCCCUAAAACUGUGGCCAGAGUGGUUAAUGAUCAGCUCAAUAAGCUCUUAGGUAAACUAAAGACAGGCUCUGAUAAACCAAACUGCUUGGGGGUAAUCAGCAUGGACUUUCCCAGUCCAGACCUCAUCCAGAACAUCAUUGAGAUAAAUAGGCAACAAGGAAGAGGUUCAUCUGAACGCCUAGUAGAGCCUGAACCAGAGCCUGAACCAGAGCGUGAACCAGCAGAGCUUGAACCAGCAGAGCAUGAAGAACCUGAACCAUCAGAGACUGAACCAGCAGAGCCUGUAGAACCUGAACCAACACAACCUGAGCCAAUAGAAGAGCCUGAACCAGAACCGGAACCAGCAGAGCCUGAACCAGCAGAGCUUGACAAACCUGAACCAGCAGAGCCUGAGCCAGGAGAGCCUGAGCCAGUAGAAGAGCCUGAAACAGCAGAGCCUGAACCAGUAGAAGAACCUGAACCAGCAGAGCCUGAACCAGCAGAGCCUGUACUUGCAGAACCUGAACCAGCAGAGCCUGAGCCAGUAGAGCCUGAGCCUGAACCUGCAGAGCUUGGACCAGCAGAGCCUGAACCAGCAGAGCCUGAACUCGCAGAACCUGAACCAGUAGAGCCUGAACCAGCAGAGCCUGAGCCAGUAGAGCCUGAGCCCGCAGAGCCUGAACCUGCAGAGCUUGGACCAGCAGAGCCUGAACCUGCAGAGCUUGGAGAAUCUGAACAAAGAGAGCCUGAACCAGCAGAGCCUGAACCAGCAGAGCCUGAAGAACCUGAACCAGCAGAGCUUGAGCCAGGAGAAGAGCCUGUACCAGUAGAUUCUGAACCUUUAGGGGAGCCUGAACAAGCAGAGCCUGAGCCAGUAGGGCCUGAACCAGCAGAGCCUGAACUCGCAGAACCUGAAGAACCUGAACCAGCAGAGCUUGAGCCAGGAGAAGAGCAUGAACCAGCAGAGCCUGUACCAGUAGAGUCUGAACCUUUAGGGGAGCCUGAACCAGUAGAGCCUGAACCAGCAGAGUCUGUACCAGUAGAUUCUGAACCUUUAGGGGAGACUGAACCAGUAGCGCCUGUACCAGCAGAGCUUGAGCCAGUAGAGCCUGAACCUGCAGAGCUUGAACCAGCAGAGCCUGAACCAGCAGAGCAUGAAGAACCUGAACCAGGAGAACCUGAACCAGCAGAGCCUGAACCAGCAGAGCCUGAGCCAGUAGAAGAGCAUGAACCAGCAGAGCCUGUACCAGUAGAUUCGGAACCUUCAGGGGAGCCUGAACCAGUAGAGCCUGAACCAGCAGAGCCUGAGCCAGUAGAGCCUGAACCUGCAGAGCCUGAGCCUGCAGAGCCUGAACCUGUAGAGCUUGGACCAGCAGAGCCUGAACCAGGAGAGCCUGAACCAGGAGAACCUGAACCAGCAGAGCCUGAACCAGCAGAGCCUGAGCCAGUAGAAGAACAUGAACCAGCAGAGCCUGUACCAGUAGAUUCGGAACCUUCAGGGGAGCCUGAACCAGUAGAGCCUGAGCCAGUAGAGCCUGAACCAGUAGAGCCUGAGCCAGUAGAGCCUGAACCAGCAGAGCCUGAGCCUGCAGAGCCUGAACCUGUUGAGCUUGGACCAGCAGAGCCUGAACCAGGAGAGCCUGAACCAGGAGAGCCUGAGCCACCAGAGCCUGAACCUUCAGAGCUUGGACUAGCAGAACCACAACCAGCAGAGCAUGAAGAACCUGAACCAGCAGAGCCUGAACCCGCAGAACCUGAACCCGCAGAACCUGAACCAGUACAGCCUGAACCGGCAGAGCCUGAUCCAGUAGCACCUGAACCAAUAGAGCAUGGGGAGCCUGAACCUCCACGGGAGCCUGAACAACCUAAGAAAAAACCUAGGAAGAAGAAGAAAUGUCAUAAGAAACAUAAGAAUUAACAUAAAAUUCAGUUAUUGUCCAAUGAAACUCAGACCUGUGCCCAAACCCCCCAAAAAUAUAUACAAAUGUAAAAUCUUCCAAACAUGUAUUUGUCCAGACUUCCAUUGUGUUCUGAGGCCAUGGUAAGAGGCAGCUAAAUAGACUGUAGUUGAUGUGUUGUGAGAUGAGAGUUCCACUCUUCUAAUACAGUUUGAAACAAUAUACAGCAGAGGUGUCAAACUCAUUCCACAGAGGGCCUAGAGUCUGCAGGUUAGACAACCAGUGGAGGGGAGUUCCUUACUAAUUAUUGACCUUAUUUUAUCAAUUAAGUACAAGGGAGGAGCAAAAACCCGCAGACAGUCGGCCGUCCGUGGAACGAGUUUGACACGUGAUACAGUAUAUCUGGUUCUUCUUUAUGUACAUUACAAUUACGGUUGGCUCUCUUCUUCAAUAUUACAUGUACAUUUCACCUUAAUAACAUUUGAA